UAAUGAAAUUUGUUAACAGAAAUAAGUAGCCUAAAACGUCUGUGGUAAUCCAUCAAUCAUCAAUUACGACUUGCUUUUCAAUAAUAUCGUAUACAAAUCAUGAGUAUAUUUUAAUAUAUCUUCUAUUUGGUAGCUAAAUUCUGGGACUAAACUUAUAAAUUCUCUUUCUUUGCAACAUCAUAUGUAGACUGGAGCUUUGUGUAAUGUAUUGACACACUAACUUUGUAAAGAAGCUCGAUUUAUGACUCCUAUUUGAAUUAUAAAGCUUUGUUAGUUUAGAUUUGAUAUGAUUUUUAUCAAGCAAUCUCAGCACUGUUCUAAAAGCAGCUAGAAAAUAAUGUCCUAACUUGUUGCUCCAUAAUCAACUUCGUAUUUGUACCUUCACCUGCAUCAAAAGCUAAUGUAAGUAAGGAUCUUCUAAUAUGGUGUGCCAUUAUGAUAUUUUAAUCGCCAAUUACUAAAGCCAUUCUGGUAUUUGAAAAAAAUAUAUAACAUAUUUUAAGAUUUUAUUUAAAUCUAGCCUACAUUUUUAAGAAAGUGCUCAUAUAUGACAAAAUGAGCUUUUCACAACACAAUGAUUUGUCUACAAUUAGUAUUGUUGAUAUUGGUGUAAAACCUUAUUCUUGUAAUGUAUGUAGUAAAGGUUUUUCUCAGAAAAGUAACUUAACUGUUCACAGCCGUAUUCACUCUGGGGAAAAGCCCUAUUCUUGUAGUAUAUGUAAUAAGAAUUUUACAAGAAAUAGUUCUUUAACUAGUCAUAAACUUAGUCAUACUGGUGAAAAACCUUUUUCUUGUAGUGUAUGUAAAACUAGUUUUUCUAGUAAAAGUAAUUUAACUGUUCAUACUCGUAUUCAUACAGGUGAGAAACCUUAUUCUUGUAGUUUAUGUAAUAAGAGUUUUUCAGCUAAAGGUGAUCUGUUUACUCAUGGUCGUGUUCAUACAGGUGAGAAACCUUAUUCUUGUAGUGUAUGUAAUAAGAGUUUUUCCUUGAAGAAUCAUCUAGCUGUCCACAGUCGUAUUCAUACCGGUGAGAAACCUUAUUCUUGUAAUGUAUGUAGUAAAACAUUUUUGCGUAAAUUUUCAUUAAUUAAUCACCAACGUAUUCAUACUGGUGAGAAACCUUAUUCUUGUGGUGUAUGUAAAAAGAAGUUUUCUCGUAAAGAAACUCUAACUGAGCACAGUCGUAUUCAUAUUGGGGAGAAAUCUUAUUUUUGUAACGUAUGUAAUAAAGCUUUUCUGCAUAAAUUUUCAUUAACUUAUCACAAACGUGUUCAUACUGGAGAAAAACUUUUUUCCCAUAGUAUAUGUAAUAAUAAAAGUUUUUUAUGAAAAAUAGUUUAUUUAUUCUCAGUUGCUUUCAUUGAGUAGAGAGCCUCAUUUUUGUAGUGUAUGAAACAAGGAGUUUUCUUUGAAGGAAAAUAUAAUUGUUCAGAAUCAUGUUCAUAUUGAUGUGUAACCUAACUCUUGUAAUACGAGAGUAAACUCGAAAGUUAGUUCCGUUUAAUGGCACAAAACCGAAACAAUUAUUUUUAUGUAACCUUUAUUUGAUAAUAAACUACAACAGUUGGACUAUUUUUCGACGUGGAUGUUUCGAUCAUAACUCAAAGGUUUGGAUGGCAUCGGAAAAGAACCGUGCUACCUGCGAUUGUAACCAGGGUAGCAACAUUGAAUCCAAUGGGUGGCAAUGGAUCUAAUAUCGUCAUUGUCGGUGAUAUAUUAUCUCAGUAAUUAAUAAAAUACAAAAUAUUUGAAAAAUUUCAUAAAAUAAACAAAAAAGUUAAAAAAUAAAUUAUGAUUCAAGUGAAAUGUAAUAGUUGUUUGUUCAAUUUUCAGUGAAAAUUUUCAUCAUGUUUUUUCCUAAUGUCUGAACAUUUUGAAUAACUGUUAAAACAUUGUUAAGUGGUUAAACAUCAAAGAGUGAACCGAUACACCCAAGCGAUUAAACUGUUAAAAGAUUUGUAUGUAUUUGUAUCUUGCAUUUAGAAUAAAUGUUUUUUCGUACCCUG